UGCCUUGCCAAAAGAAGCAGCUUACAUCAUGGGCUGCAGCAGAGUUCCCACACAUUUAGUUCCUAAUUACUGUCCGGCUGGACAGCUGAGCUGUUUCAAACAGGAAGCUGUUUAUAGAUAACGCUUCUGCAACUGUUGGGCCUGAUUCGCUGGAUGCUGAAGACAAGUCCGCUUCAAAUUAAAAACCAUCGGGCUUUUGUAAAUAGUCGCAAUGAGGCUCAUUUGUGUGGCAUCUCUCCAGACAGAGGCUGUGCUACAGUGUCUGUUUUUCCAGCCAUCAUAAAGGAGUAAGGGACAAACUCAUUAUGAGGAGUGAUCUGGUUUUCUUGGUCUCUGUAAUUAGCCUUGCCUUCCUGUCUCUGUUAAGAUCUGGAUAUGCUCAGCAUAUUGCGGACGAAUCCUGUUCUGUGCAGAUUUUGGUUCCAGGCCUCAAAGGGGAAGCUGGAGAAAAGGGGGAGAAGGGUGUCCCAGGUCGCCCAGGACGAGUUGGCCCUCCAGGAGAAAAAGAAAUGGGUGACAAAGGACAGAAAGGCAGCAUAGGAAGACAUGGAAAAAUUGGCCCCAUUGGUUCAAAAGGAGAAAAGGGAGAUGAUGGAGAUGUUGGGCCACCUGGUCCUAAUGGAGAUCCAGGUAUACCUUGUGAAUGUGGCCAGCUACGGACAGCCAUUGGUAAAAUGGAUAACCAGGUGACCCUUCUGACGACUGAGUUAAAGUUUAUUAAAAAAGCACUGCCCUCCCCCGCAGCUGUCGCUGGUGUGCGUGAGACGGAUAAUAAGACAUUCUUGUUGGUGAAAGAAGAGAAGAGGUACAUGGACGCCCAGCUCUACUGCCAAGGAAGAGGAGGGACGCUGAGCAUGCCCAAAGAUGAGAGCACCAAUAGCCUCAUUGCUUCUUACAUCAGCCAAGCUGGCCUUAGCCGAGUUUUCAUUGGCAUCAAUGACCUUGAGAAGGAGGGCAGUUUUGUGUUCUCGGACAGAUCCCCUAUGCAGACCUUCAACAAGUGGAGCAGCGGUGAACCAAAUAAUGCUUAUGACGAGGAGGACUGUGUGGAAAUGAUAGCCUCUGGAGGGUGGAAUGAUGUUGCCUGUCAUAUUACAAUGAAUUUUGUUUGUGAAUUUGACAAAGAAAAUGUGUAAUAUUCAUCCUUUCAUUCUCCUUACUUUGUACCUGAACUUACCAUCAAUAUUUCGCAGCCCAAAUAUGAUCCUGAUCAGUGCUCCAUUUUUUUGAUUCCCUUUUGUGAAAUUUAGUACCAUGUUCAGGAGGUACUAACUUUCAAGCAAUCUUCUUCAUGGUGGUCUGGACAAAUAUCCCAGAACAUCCUCAAUUAUGCUUUAGCACCAAAUUUCGUCAGCCACCAAGAAGAACAGUAUUUGUUGUGAACGUAGUGUUAAUUUUGUGUACAUCCAUGAUACUAAAAACACUAUCUGUGUGUGUGUGUGAGAGAGAGAGACAAAGAAAUAUGCACACUGAACAAGAUCCAGGUGCAGCAUGUCUCAAACUUCUCUACACCAUUUUGGAGUGUACAUGUGUGUCUUUUGGUGCACUAUAACAUUGGUUUACUUUGCUCACGUUUGGCACUGCUGUGCUAUAUUCUGAAAGAUCAGUUUUGGGUUAUCCAAGCAGUACUUCUGUUUGCAUAGUGGAAAAGUGUGUCAUGUGGGAGGCCUGUUGUGUGAAGUGUACAUGACAUGUUGACACCCAAUCACAAGGUUAUUCAAUGCAGCUAGUACAGUAUUUCUCCCUUUAAAAAAAGUUACAUGACUGGAGUGUUGGUAGGAAGGACUUAUUUCAUAGUUGCAUACAUGUGGCAGUUGGCUGGAAAGCCAGCGAGCAGCCACUGGAUAUUGUGCUCAGUAUUGUGCUGGGACUUGGGAGAUCCAGGUUCUAGUCUGCACUGGCCCAUGAAAAGUACUGGUCUUGGGUGACCUACUUCACUUUUAUUAUGAAGCUAAAAGUGGGGAAGAGCCAUAUGUCCCAUCUUUUGCUCCUUGGACAAAUGUAUUUAGCAAGUAAUAAAAUGAAGGAAACAUGCUCACUUCUCCAACAGUCAGAGAGGAAUAACUUUGGGGAUCACCUAUCAUCUGUAGCACAGUGGCUCAGCAUAAUCUGUUGGGAAGGUCUCCUUGUCAAGCCCCAUUGAAAUGAAGAUCUCUGUUUUAUUUCAAGAGGGCUUUGAUGGAAGAACUUCUUGAUGGAUUAUAUGUCAAAGGAAAAAAAAGGCCAAAAUUCUGAUAGGAGUUGACACAUGUAAACAUGAAAUACAUUAACAGUAGCAACACUGAGGGAUUAAUUAAUGAUCUUUUAAAAAUGUCAAGGAAUACUGGUCCUUCUAUCUACUCCAAAGCCUGCCUUAAUUACACUUCGUUGACAAACCAUUAUAGUGAUAUUUUUAGUAUAUGAUAUUACUUAUUGUACAGCUGUAAAUAUAAUAUGGGUAUUUCAAAUAUCAGUAUUUACCCUUUAGAAGGGAAGAUCAGAAUUAACAUACAUGAUUUGCAUGAUUGUAAAGAAAUAUGACCAUAAUCUAAUGCAGAGUUAAACAUACAUAAACCACUUUAAAUCAGCAGGCUUUAAAUUGCUUAACUCUGAAUUAGAUUAUGACUUAUUGGCCUUUGGACAGGUGAUAUACUUUGGAUCCUUUGUUGAGAUUAAUGGAGAUGUACAACUACAGUGGAGAGUUAAGUGUAGAUUUUAGGAUUUUAUUUUUGAAGACAUAUCUCUGGUUUCUCUUUUAAAAAAUAAUUGAUAUUGUUAAUAUUAAGUGCUCGCAAUGGAGUGCAAUUUUAUGCUGUUUCACAAAUAUAAAAUGUCUUACAGAGAACAUGUAUCACUUUCUGUACAAUAACAGUCUAUUUUCUCAGGUCUUCCAUUACACUUAAGAACAACUGUCUGCAAAUGUGGGUAUGGUAUACAGAACAAAAUUGCCUAAAAUGGAUUUAACUGAUCAUAAUUUGGGAACAGAAAUGGAAAAUGAAAUCCAAGAUUAUUUACAGAAAGCAUCAAUCCAAUUUCUUGGUUUUCUUAUGUGUUCUUAGUUUUAGAUGGGGUCUUAGCAUUGUAUUGUUGUUUGAUGACCAAAACAAUUUACUAAUUUCCUCCAGUUUGAACUGAUGACCUGUUCAGGCUUAAAGCCAUCUCAGGAGCCCAGUCCUACCAUGAAUUGCACAUGAAUCCACUGUAAUCAGGAGGAUAAACAACCAGAUGUCAAAUGGCUACCCUGAUUUUAUUGCAUAUUUGCAAGCUGCUGCUGUUAGAUAAAAAUUAAAGCAGUCUCUUCACUGUAUUAUGUAUUAUGAAAUGGAAAAUGUCUUUGCUAUCCACUAACAGAAAAAAAUAGUUUAAAGUUUGUCCUCCAGUUUUCCAGCCUAGAUACUGUAUAGAGAUGAAUAGAAAUGAAAAAUCUCUCUACAAGUAUUAAAUGGAAGCAAGUUGACUUAAUCAAUUUAAUGAAUAUUAUCCAUUUAUUCCCCUUGAGGAUGAGGCUAGUAGUUAUUACACCUGUAGGUUGUCCAUUUAUGAAGUUCUCAGUUUCAGUUAUGAUUACUGCGAUCUUAAUCCUACAAGAGUUGAUCCAACUGAUGUCUCUUCUAGUCCAGUUACAUAUCAAAGAGGUGCACAGGAAGUUGAUGAAAUUAACAUUGAAUUUACAUAUUAUUUCCCACUUCAUUUACAUAAACAAAUCCACCCUAAGUCCGAUACAGAUCCUAGUCCUAUGCAUGGGGCAGCAAUUCGACUGACUUGUCAAGACUGCUAGUGCUACAGUUCAACAGAGAUAAGUAUAUUAAUAUGGGUGAACUGUAAGAUUCAGUCAGGUAUGGUAAUACAAGUUAAACAUAGCUCACUGUCUGCUUAACAUCUGGAAUAAGCCUAAUGUAUUGCUUCCCCACAAAGAGUUAUUGGCUCAUAUCUCCCCAGGAAUACAGACAGCAGUUCUCAAUCACAACCAAAAAGUUUCCAGUCUUGCCUAUGCAUAAGCUGUUUUAAUAAGUUGUUUAAUAAACAUAAAAGAAUUUCAAUAUUUGCUGUAGCCAUUAUUUGCUUCCAUUUUACGCUCACUUUGCAAUGUUGCUGGCUAGUGUGCUUCUUUGUAAAUCUUUUUCUUUGUACAGGCAUCCCAUAAGUUUUGUGACCAAGCUAUGCCUACAUUUAUUAGCAAACUGUCUUUCACAAGGUCACAGAAGGUUUGAGUCCUUUGCCAUGGAGGUUUGUGGCUUUACAGCUUUGUGCUUUUUUUGCCUGGGAUAAGAAAAUAAAAUUGGGGCAUGUAAAAAAUAGUGACUGGUGCUGAAUCCCAGAGCUUGGGAAAGUUAGCUUUUUGUGGCUUACAACUCCCAGAAUCCUCCAGCCAGCUUGGCCUUUGAGUAUGUUGGAUAGGGUAGAUGAUCUGGGAAUUGUAGUUCCCCAAAUCCAAGCUCUUCCCAAAAUGUUCUGUGGAUAAAUUCAUACACUUGAAUAAUUCUAACUCAUACACAUAAUUGGUAUUAAUUCUUGCUGAAGAAACCUUUUUCCUUUUAAGUUAGGGGUGGACAUCAUGCUGCCUUCUAAAUCUUCUUGCACUGCAAGUAGCCGGAGUCCUAGACUGCAUACCAUAGGUUAAAAAAUGCUGGGAAUGACAGUAUAACAAGAGCUGAGGAGCUGUCUGCUUCCUACUCCUGCUUUAACUAAAUGUGAAAACACACAAAGUGCAACAUUAAACUUAUCUACAUUGAUUUUAAUGGCACAUCUUAGAUGUGCUUUGUCAAAGUAACAUUCCAGUGGUUAUGGCAAACACUGAGGAGUAUGACAAAAGGAUUAUGACUUAAAACUGCCAUUUGGUUUAGUUUUCUGCUCAUAACAUAGAGGGCAUAACACAUUGCCUUGUGUAUUCAAUAUUUGUUUCUUUACUAUGACAUUACACAAUGACCUCUCUGUUGAAAUUAUGAAAGUGCACCAGGUAAAACUUAAUACAUAUUCUUCCAAUAAGCUUCCAAUUAGCACAUGGAUGCAAAUGAAUGACUAAUUUACAGCACUGCAAUUAUUAAGAGAUUUUGUUUGUAUCAUUUUUUGCUCUCAGAAAUAAAGUGUUCCAGUGUCUGAAAUCACUGCAUCAUUUUAUGUUUAAGAAAAUAAACCAUUUUAUCUCAACA